AUGGGUCUCACAUUUUCCAAGCUCUUUGACCGACUCUGGGGGAAGAAGGAGAUGCGAAUUCUGAUGGUGGGUUUGGAUGCCGCCGGAAAGACCACAAUCCUGUACAAGCUGAAGCUUGGUGAAAUCGUCACAACCAUCCCCACAAUCGGCUUCAACGUUGAGACCGUGGAAUACAAGAACAUUCAAUUCACCGUAUGGGAUGUUGGUGGACAGGACAAGAUUCGACCCCUGUGGAGACAUUACUUCCAGAACACCCAAGGCAUCAUCUUCGUUGUUGACAGCAACGAUCGCGACCGUGUUGUUGAGGCUCGGGAGGAAUUGCAGCGCAUGUUGAACGAGGACGAGCUGAGGGAUGCCAUUCUCCUGGUUUUCGCCAACAAGCAAGAUUUGCCAAACGCCAUGAACGCGGCCGAGAUCACAGAUAAGUUGGGUCUUCACAGCUUGAGACAGCGUGCCUGGUACAUCCAAUCCACUUGCGCCACAUCGGGAGAUGGUCUCUACGAAGGUUUGGAGUGGCUUGCAAGCUCCCUCCGAAAGGCUGGCCACCAGUAG